AUGUCGACCACCGUUCACGUUGAGAACAUCUCUAGGCAGACGAGCGAGAAGGAAGUCCGAGACUUUUUCAGCUUCUGCGGCAAGAUCAGCUCCAUCUCAGUCACACCGAUCUCAGAUGCCCCCGAUGCCUCACAGAAGGCCUCAGUAACGUUUGAGAAGGAGACCGCCGCGAAGACUGCCCUUCUUCUUGAUAACACUCAGCUCGGCCCUGCACAAGUUCAUGUUACCAGCGGUAAGAGCAUCGACGAGGUUGCCGGUAGCGCUGCCGCUUCAGAGAGCAAGGACGAGAGCACCGACGUCGCUCAAGAGGACAAACCACGUUCUCGCAUCAUCGCCGAGUACCUCGCAAACGGCUACACCAUCGGUGACAAGGCCAUCGAGCGAGCCAUCGCCCUCGAUCAGCAGCAUGGCAUCUCUGCUCGCUUCACAAAUGCCCUCCAGCAGUUCGAUGCCAAAUACCACGCCUCUGAGAAGGCCCAGAACAUGGAUUCGAAGUACAACAUCACCGAUAGAGCCGCCAACGCCUGGCAGGGCCUGUCCUCCUACUUCGAGAAGGCAAUCAACACACCAACCGGACAGAAGCUUCGGCAGUUCUACGAGACCAGCAACAAGCAGGCUGUUGAUGUUCACAACGAGGCCCGCCAUCUUGCGGAUCUGAAGUCGGGCAAGGACUCCUCUUCCUCCGGCAUGAAGUCGGUCCCUGGUACCGAUAGGACCAAGUGCAACUGCGGUGCCGAUACCGGGAAGUGUCCCUGCGAACCGGGCAAGUGCGCCUGCAGUGACUGCGCAAAGAAUCCCGAGGUGGAGAGCAAGGCCGGCGCUGAGGAGAUGGGCAUGGAGAAGGUUGCGGGCUCGGACAGGACCAAGUGCAACUGCGGCUCUGAGGCUGGAAACUGCCCCUGCCCGCCAGGAAAGUGCGCAUGCAGCAGCUGCGCGAAGAACCCGGAGGCAACCUCUUAG